GCUGCGGCAACGCCUGAAUAGUGAGGUUUAGGUUUCUUUGUCCGACCUAGGAACGGCCCCAUUCCCGACAGAUCGCCAAGUACAACUUCGAAGUUCUCUUUUCUGCUUCACCUAACCCGUCACAUAGGAGGCAUUGGCAGUUGUGUCCUUUUCUUUCUUAUUUCCUUAUUCCCUUGCCGGUGAAGGGGCACUGCUGAGUGCGAAGGAGGGUAGAUUUGGUUUGUCAGGUCUACACAUACAGUUUUCCAGAAAUAUUUGUUUUAGCCCAUAGAAAUUUCAUUAUCUCAUCGCCAACGCGGUCCCGUGUUAUUAUCCAAGAGAUUUUUUUAUUGUGCACUACUUCUUGGCAUCCGCAUUCAUUUUUUUUCUUCUUCUUCUUUGCUGUCAAAAUGCAUAUCAGGGAUAUGUUGGCCGAGACCGAGAAGACGGGUGAACCGUCUUUCUCGUUCGAGUACUUCCCUCCCAAGACGGCACAGGGUGUGCAGAACCUGUACGACCGUAUGGAGCGCAUGUACCACUUUGGCCCCAAGUUUAUUGACAUUACCUGGGGCGCUGGUGGCCGCAUUGCCGAGCUCACUUGCGAGAUGGUCACACAAGCUCAGACCUACUUUGGCCUCGAGACUUGCAUGCAUCUCACCUGCACCGAUAUGGGCGUUGAGAAGGUCAACGACGCUCUUGACAAGGCGUACAAGGCUGGCUGCACCAAUAUCCUCGCCCUGCGUGGUGAUCCACCACGUGACAAGGAGAAGUGGGAGGCUGCCCAGGAUGGCUUUCAUUACGCCAAAGAUCUCGUGUCCCACAUCCGCAAGACGUACGGAGAUCACUUUGACAUCGGCGUUGCCGGCUACCCUGAGGGUUGUGACGACAACAAGGACGAGGAUCUUCUUCUCGACCACUUGAAGGAAAAGGUUGACAUGGGUGCCUCAUUCAUCGUCACGCAGAUGUUUUACGACGCCGACAACUUUGUCCGCUGGGUUGGCCGAGUACGUGAGCGAGGCAUCACCGUCCCCAUCAUACCAGGCAUCAUGCCGAUUGCAACAUACGCCAGCUUCUUACGUCGGGCGAACCACAUGCAGGCGAGGAUCCCCGAAGAGUGGAUGCAGCGUCUUGAACCCAUCAAGGCAGACGAUGCUGCUGUGAGGGUUGUGGGUAGGCAGCUGGUUGUGGAGCUUUGCCGGAAGAUCUUGGCCGCUGGUAUUCACCACUUGCACUUUUACACGAUGAACCUUGCUCAGUCGACGGCCUUGAUUCUGGAAGACCUUGACUGGUUACCAUCGCCAAACAAGCCGCUCAAGCACGCUUUGCCCUGGAAGCAGUCUCUAGGCCUCAGACGACGAGAGGAGGACGUCCGUCCCAUCUUCUGGCGGAACCGCAACAAGUCUUACGUUAUGAGGACCCAGGACUGGGACGAGUUCCCUAACGGGCGCUGGGGUGACUCCAGAUCCCCGGCGUUUGGUGAGCUUGACGCCUACGGCAUUGGAUUGCUGGGAACGAACGAACAGAACAGGAAGAAAUACGGCGAGCCCAAAUCGGUCAAGGAUAUAGCCACUUUGUUUGUGCGAUAUGUCCAGAAGGAAGUCGAUACGCUUCCGUGGAGCGAGUCUCCACUCGACGCAGAGGCAGAACUUAUCAGAGACGACCUGAUCGACAUUAACCUGCGCGGGUUGCUCACGAUUAACUCGCAACCCGCCGUGGACGGUGUCAAAUCAACCCACCCCAUCCACGGUUGGGGUCCGCCAAACGGCUAUGUCUACCAGAAGGCUUACCUAGAGCUGCUCGUUCACCCAGCCAUUUUUGAGCAGCUUAAGGAGCGAAUUCACAAUCACCCGGACCUGACGUACUACGCCGUGACCAAAUCCGGAAACCUACAUACCAACGCCUCUUAUGAAGGACCUAACGCUGUCACGUGGGGUGUUUUCCCGGGCAAGGAGAUCGUACAGCCCACUGUUGUCGAGAACAUAAGUUUCCUGGCCUGGAAGGAUGAGGCUUUCCAACUUGGAAUGGAGUGGGCCCGUUGUCACGACCAAAACACUCCCAGCCGUAUCCUGCUCCAGAGCAUAAUGGAAGAGUGGUAUCUUGUGAACAUUGUUAAUAACGAUUUCCAUGCGCCACGGACCAUCUUCGAAACGCUGAAGGACCUGACGGUUCCCGACAUUGACAAAGAAAUCGUCUCGUCUGCGCUUCCCAUCGCCGCCCCUGAGGCUGCUGCCGUCAACGGCGAGCGGAAUGGCGCGCAAUCCAACGGAAUCACCGCGGCUGUCACCGCGUCUUGACAAUAAAGCCGUUGGUCACUCUUUGCAUCUUUCAACCCUUUCCCUCUUUUCCGGGCUCAUUUCGCAUAUUUAUCAUGACUUUUUUUUUCUUUGACUUUUUGCAGUACAUUAUUGGCAUUUCUCACGGCGUUUCGGAGGGACAUUUUCCUCUCCGUGGUGUAGACUUUUUCAACAAAAAGUAAAAUGGGGGCGCAUAUGGGGGCUUAAAAAUCAGGAUGGCCACACUCGACUAAGAGACUGGGACCUAAAAACGGGAUUAUUCACUAAGGAGUAGGGCGAAGCAUGCAUGUAUAUCUCAACGAUACCCCCUUGUUUAUUUGUUUUUGGACAUGACGCAAGUACGAACAAAAAUACGAAUGUUAGG